AUGCGUUUUACCGAUAAGCCCGCGCCCCGUUACAGCGCCUUCCCCAUGAGCACUCUGCAAGUGUUUUCAGUCCGGGUUGAAGGAAUCAGAAGGGUCUUGCAGUGGCCGCUCGAUGUGUUUGGUAUCAUCGCCGCGCGCGACACCGUCGACUUCAACCGCAACAUCAUCUUCAGCGGCACGAGGGACAACUGCCAGACACUCGCCAAGGAGGAUCGAAAUUUAGCACUGGUAGGUCCGAGCCGUGCCGUUGUGUGGCAAGAUCAUUUGUACAUCGAGGUUAAGCUGACGGUGAAGGGGCCUACCGAAUCCGAGGAUAAAGACUUGAGCUUUCUAGUUGUGCCAUUUGCAUGUGUGAUGGGUCAUGGCCAGAUGGUUUCCGUGCCCAAUUCGCUGCAUUUACCACUGGCAUUCGUCGCAAGAGAGCCCCUAGCAUUGAUCGCAAGAGUGCCUGUUAAUGCUGGAGGGAUCGAGCUUUCACGGCUUGUCGUUUCGGUUGAGACUACUGGGAAGCUGAGAGUCUGCGUCAAGGCGUGGAAGGUCGCGGAAAGCGCUAAGGAUGCUGUGAAGGAUGAGUUAUUUUUCACGCCCCAGGAAGCGGGUAGAAGCUCUGGUUCGCUUGAUGCUGGCUUUUGUAAGAUGGAAGUUACGGUCGCCUGGUCACUCGUUCCCUAUGAUAAAUAG